UUCAUUAGCUGCUAAUUAAAUCAACUAAUCUCUAUGGCCAAAACCUUCUUUGUUCUUUCUCCUUUUCUUCUAAUUUUCUCUACUCUCAUCUCUGCAAACACUAGCCAAUAUUUCUCCGAAACCCUAGCUCCAUCUUCUCUAGGGCUCAAACAAGAGAAGCUAACCCACCUUCACUUCUACUUCCAUGACAUAGUCAAAGCAAAACACCCAACAGCUCUCAAAGUUACUCAAGCGGCCACAACCAACAUGUCGGCAACUUAUUUUGGUGCCGUAUGGAUGAUGGAUGAUCCGUUGACGGUUGAGCCUGAGCUUGACUCGAAGCUUGUGGGAAGAGCACAAGGGAUCUAUGCUUCUGCAUCACAAAGUGAGAUAGGGUUUUUGAUGGUAUUAAAUUUUGCUUUCACUGAAGGCAAGUUCAAUGGAAGUACUUUGAGUAUUUUGGGUCGCAAUGCUAUUUUUUCUACCGUGAGGGAAAUGCCGAUCGUUGGCGGCAGUGGCGUUUUUCGAUUUGCUCGUGGCUAUGCUCAGGCGAGCACUCACUUCUUUGAUGUGAAAACUACUAAUGCUAUUGUGGAAUAUAAUGUUUAUGUCUUUCAUUAUUAUUGAAUCAAAUUUUAAUAUAAAGUUUUUGAACAAAAUGGAUCAUGGACUUUGUACAUAUGGAUCUUGGACAAAAGAAA